UCGUUGGCUUUCAGUGGAGGAGGAAGGGCGCGAGAUAGAAAUCCAGGAGCGCGCACAGUCGGGCGCGGAGCUACGGCUGCCUCGGUACGUUAGCCGUUAAAACUAAACAUCCACCCAGGCUCCAAAAAAGCCACUCUUGACACGGACAUUCGAAGAAAAAUACAACGUUUGUGUACAUGACGUGAAAGGGGCCGCGAGACGAGCUGUUUGGUGGCAAACAACAGAAAAAGGUUGGACAAAAUGUCCUGGCGGCUGCGCGGGGAGGAUGGGGAGGACAGCAUGCAUCCUGACACCGACUCUGAUGUGGCAGAGCUGAGAGAAGGUGCCAAAGUCAAAGUCAAGUGGACACAGGAGGAGGAUGAAAAGCUGAAAGCCCUGGUUCAGAAAUGUGGACAGAGCGACUGGAAGGAAGUAGCCGCGCACAUACCUAAUCACACUGAACACCAAUGUCAACACCGCUGGAUUAAAGUUUUGGAUCCCGACUUGAUUAAAGGCCCUUGGACUAAAGAGGAGGACGACAAGGUCAUAGAGCUUGUCAAUCUCUAUGGUUACAAACAAUGGGCGGUGGUAGCCAAGCAUCUGAAGGGAAGGCUUGGGAAGCAGUGCAGAGAGCGCUGGCACAACCACCUCAACCCCAAUGUGAAGAAGUCUUCAUGGACGGCCGAGGAGGACCUCAUCAUCUAUAAGGCUCGCUGUCUGCUGGGCAACCGCUGGGCUGAGAUCGCAAAGCUGCUGCCGGGAAGGACUGACAAUGCGGUGAAGAAUCACUGGAAUUCAACCAUCAAGCGCAAGGUAGAAAUGGGCUUCUACGCACGGGAGGAUUUGAAGCUGAACGAGGUGGAGGAGCUGUUAACCCGUGUUAAGGAUGUCCAGAUGCCUAAUUGCUAUCAAGAGAGUGCUGACCUCACCCCGGGGCAGGAAACGCACACCCCAUUGCAAGAAAUGCCCGACUCCGCAGCUGUUGAGGGUGACCUGAUGGAUGAAGCAGGUCCUUCUAUUGUCGUCCCCUCCCCUAAGGAUAGUUCAAGUCCUGUGUCAGAAGCAGACAACAUGGGGGAGAUUAAUUCUACCAGCUGGGUGGUGGACAACUCUGUUUUUCUUUCCCCUACUGGUCCACUGAGGGAGGUCUUAGAAAUGGUAGAUGGGGAUCUCGAUGUCUGGUGUAACCUGGAAGCGUUCGACUUGCCUGAAGACAGCCCAAGCCCAGAGCGCCACCAGUUCCGCCUGGAGGGCAGCGCCCUGCAGGAGUUGAGCAGAGGAAACCGAGGAGAACUUAUACCCAUUUCUCCUGGUGGGGUCACUCCCCCUUCCAGACUGAGUCACAGAAGUCGUAGACGUGUGGCCCUGUCCCCUGAUGGAAGUAGCGCGAUGACACCUAAGAGCACACCCGUGAAAAUUCUACCCUUUUCACCUUCUCAAUUCUUGAACAUGUGGACCAAGCAGGAUACUCAUGACCUGGAGAACCCAUCGCUGACAUCCACGCCAGUAUGCAGCCAGAAAGCCACCGUUACCACUCCUCUACAGCGAGACAAGACCCCCAUCACUCAAAAGAAACACUCCGUAUUUGUCACACCCAAUCACAAGUCCGAGCUCUGCACGAUGCCACGUACUCCAACGCCGUUCAAAAAUGCCAUGGAGAAGUACGGCCCUCUACAGCCUCUGCCUCAGACUCCGAACCUUGAGGAUGACAUAAAUGAAGUCAUCCUAAGAGAUGUGGGGAUGGACUUGACUGUCCAACUUCCAUCUGUUCCCGAGCAAAGGCGCAAAGCAAUGCAUCGACCGCCUAUGAAAAAAGUGCGUAAGUCAUUGGCCCUGGAUGACUGCCAAGUGAUGCCCAAAUCCAAACGCAAAUCUAAGAGUGAAGCCAAGUAUACCAAGGAAGAACCUGUGAUGGUUCAUAUAAGCUCCUCAUUUUGCAAUAAAACUGGUGAAAAUAUUCUGGAUCAGGGUUUCCUUUUGGGACCGUGUGACAGCACCAUAUUUCCUGGUGCGGUGCCUCCACCUCUAAUGUCCAAAGAAUGGGAGACACUUGUGUGCGGACAAACUAAAGAUCAGCUCAUCAUGACGGAGAAAGCGAGGCGCUACCUGCGCUCCCUGAAGACCAACGCUCCAAACAGAGCGCUGGUGUUGUCUUAGAUCACUCGCACUCCCGUACCAGCUCGUCACACAAACACAACAGAUAGUUGUGUUGUUUGCCCUUGUGACGAACUGCCUGGUAAAUGUGUGUGUGAACACAUGACGAGUCGCCACCUUGUGCACAGUGGAGCCUCAACUUCAGCAAGGACAAGAUAUAAACGCUUUUUUGAUUGUGUCUCAUUUCAAAGGCAUCUCGAAAGUCUGAAAACAAGGUAAUGAUAUUGCAUUGAUUGUAACGACAGCCAAGCAUCUUUACAAGGCAAUACAGAACACUUCAAAUUCACAAACAAGACUUGCAUUGAUGAGACAGAUUUUACAUUGCAUAUUGCAUUUGUAAUUUUAUAAUGUGCAAAGUAUAUACUGUGCAUCGUCUACUCGAUGUCCAGAACUGUGUUUUUUUUGCAUGUGGUGUAAAUUCAAACAUAUUUAGCAUUGAGAGGUUAAUUUAAAAAGUGUUACAUGAACAUUGCCUUGGAAAAUAUCCAGUCGUUUCACUACCAGCAAUUAAUUUAAGUGACUGGAAAUGUAUCAAACACUUGAAUGUGGUUCUGAAGCACGGAAUGAUUGACAGCAGGGAUACACAAGCUUGAUUGUGUCAUGUACAGUUUGUAAAUAUUUAUUGUUUUUUUUUUCUUUCACUUUAAAGUGUAGUCACAAUUUAGGCCUUAUAAGAUAUGCCCAGCAUUGGAAACAUUUUUAAACAGUUUAUAAGACUUCUGUAAAUAUCCAUCCAUUUUCUACGGCUUGUCCCUUGCCGGGUUGUGUGGGGUGCUGGAGCCUAUCCCAGCUGCACACGGGCGGAAGGCGGGGUGAAGACGUUCAAAUUAGCAAAAGCGAACAUCAAUUUACCAGGUAAGUAGGGUCAAUAACGGGCUGAUGUGAUUUGUUCUGUUUGUUGCGUUGUAGUGUGUGUAACGUCUUUUAAUAAAAUAUUACAUCU